UUCUUUGCUCCAGGCUGCGUUUUUGCAGCUAUUUGUAAAUCAUUUGGAAUUGUAGACAAUGAGACGUCUAUGUAAAAACAUGGUAGUAACAUCAGCAUAUUUGAGCCUAAACUAAACCUAUCCCUACUAUGGGAGAGUGUAUUUGUUUUGAGAGCUUACAUGGUCCUAUUUGAUGUAAAGUCAAGGUGUCAUUUUAAAAGGAGAUGUUUUCUGACAAAGAGACAGGCAGGUGCUAUCACGUGAAGCAAAAACGACCAUAUCAAAACCGAAGGUGAAAGUUCCUCAAAGGGCACAUGAUGGUGGCGAGGAUGGCGAGCUGCGGAGCCGCUUGUAACCUGGAUGAAGGCGAUGGAGACAUCCCUGCGCCUGACCAGAAGGACAAUGCAGGGACAUCUACAGAGGAGAGUUCUGAAGAAGAGGAGGAGGAGGAGGAUUCUGACGGCUUUGCUGAGAAAGAAGGAGUAGAAUCCGAGGAGCCUGACGUUGAGGGUUCCUGUAAUGAGUCAGAGUCGGCUCCUCAACCUGAUGCAGAGGUUUCCCUUGCUAAAGAUGUUCCCCCCAAGCCAUGCUGUGAAAAAUGCAAGGCUGUCCAGCAGAGUCAAGGCAAUGAACUGGUUACUCCCAGGAGGAUCUCUAAAGGACGCCUACAGGUGCAGCUGGAGGGAGAGGGGACAUAUGAGUGCUCCGUCACCGGCCUGGUGUUUGAGGUGUCAGAGAGAGUCCUGAUCCGCUACUCGGUCCUGUCCUGGUCCAAGUUUGGCAUGUUCCUCAGGGACUCCUGGAGGUUCGCUGGGCCCAUCUUCAACGUGGACUGUGUCAACAGCCCCUCAUCCAUCCUCACCUCCAUCCAGUUCCCUCACUUCCUCUGCCUCGCUGACCCCGACAGUGAAAUGACCUUUAGUGUCCUGCAUAUGAAGGACAGCUGUCCGGUGAUCGAGCCCUCGGUAGACCACUCUGGCAGCCAUGUAAAGUGGCGUGUAUCGUCCCUGUCCCCGGUGGGGCCCAUUGUCCAGAGCAGCAAGCCUGUAGAGCACCACGGGGUGGUCCUGGUGUAUAAGGAACUGGCUCUGAACAACUCCUACUCCUUUCGCAUCUACCUGGCCACCAACAACUCCUCUGACAUUAAGGACAUAUGGAAGGAGGUGCGUUGCGCCAACAAGCGUUACCUGAAGGUAGAGAAGCCACCCACCUGUAAGUUGGAUGAGAAGAGGUACCGACUCAUGAGUGAACCAGAGGGAGACAUCAGCCCUGCGGACUUGCCGUUCACACUGGCCGUGACUAAAUUGAAGGGAUAUUUUGAGGUGUUCUUUGAGCAGCCCCCUCCUUUCAAGGUCUCCCUCGUAGAGACAGAGUCCGACAAGACUGUGUGGUCAGCCACCAUCAGAGAAGGUGACUGUGUGGACAAUACAGUUGAAAAGCCAAGGAAACUGACAAAUAACAGGAAGAGAAGCACCAGCACAUCAGAGGAAGAGUUGCCCAAAAAGAGACGUCGAUGCGCAGAUGAGUCAGACGGAGUGCGGACAGUGCAGGUCCCAGACGUGUCCUCCAAGCAGCUGAUGCAGGUGGCUAAGCUGCAGGGGAAGGAGUGGAAGCAGGUGGCUAUCGGUUGCCUGGACCUGUCCUCCAAAGAGCUGGAUGAUAUUCAGGCCAGCGAGGAGGAUGUCGACAUGCAGAGGUUUAAGGCGUUGGAGCGCUGGAAGACUGGCAGGCCAAAUGGUCAAGCCACGGUCACUCACCUCUUGAUGAGCCUACAGGAGCUGGAUGACCUGCCCAGCAAGGUCCUCAAGACACUGCAAGAUAUGAUAGACAAUAAAGCGGCCGAAUGAGAUAUCUUUUGCCUCCCAAGGUCCCUGCCUUUCCGCAGCGCUAUCGUCAAUGAGCCAGAGAGACAAUGGGAGAGAGACGUUUGAACUCUUGCCUUGAAGACAGAAAUCCCUCUGCUUCUGCUGUAUUGCAGGGGUACUCUUACCCUACGAGGUCCAGAGCCUGCUGGUUUUCUGUUCUACCGGAUAAUUAAUACACCUGGUGUCCCAGGUUUAAAUCAGUCCCUGAUUUGAAGGUAACACAUGAAAAAAUGCAGUGGAACUGGCUUCGAGGUCCAGAGUGGCGUUUGAGGGCUGUAUGGAGUAGGAUGAAGGUUCCCACUAGUCCAGGGAUGGGAAACAAUCCUCAGGGGCCGGAGUGAUGUCACAUCUCUUCCCCAUCCCUUCUAACGCAGCUGAUUUAAACUAAUUGCAUUCUAAACUGAAGAUCAUAAUUAGUUGAUUAUUGGAGUCAGGUGUGUUAGCUGGGGCAAAAGUGUGACACCAAUCCAGCCCUGACUCACUGGACUGGAGCUGCCUGCCCUUGCUCUAGAGGCUGAUCUAAGGUCAGCUUUGCAUACCUCCUUCAUAAAUUGAGGAUGGUACACUGAUCCUAGAUCAGAAGCAUUAUGUGUCCCCUGCCAUUGCCUAGGCAGGGCAGGGCCGGCACACCAGCCUAGCACUGCCAGCCCCUUCCAGCCCAAAAGAAUUGGGAUUCAAUUGCCUUCAAAUGAUAUGUUUGAUAUCUGCAGGCCUGGAUGCUAGAGCUGGAGCGCGUUGUGCCCUGCCUAGUAGUGAUGUUUAGUAGUGGGAAACCCUGCCUUCUCACCCCUCAUGUUCUCUCAGGAUUUCAACAGGAGUUCAACAAAGGCAUAGAAAGAGAAUUACACCACAACCUUUAAUCUUGAAUGUUUAUGUUCUUAGACGUUCACAAAUGGUCCAUUACCCUGGAAUAAUGCUGGCGUUAUGUAGAGGUACCCCAAACAGCCAGGAGCUGAUGCUGCGACCUGCGGUGCAGUGAAGACCUCUUAUGUCAUAGAUGAGCUCUGGGAAAUAGGUAGCUAAUAUGUAGCCAGUAACAGACAUGUUGCUGCAGAAUGGAAACUGUUAACACACUUACAGGGCUGUUGUCUCAAACAUUGUACAUUUUGUAUUUUGAUAUUUCUCAAUCAAGGCAUUGCCACUUACUUAAUCAUGGAAUUGGAACAACUACUCAAGGAGUGUAGCUGUACUUUUAAUACGGUGUACAUAUUUUCUGUUUUUUAAACUAUACUGUGAUUGUUUUUUUUGUAGUCUGUGUUUGUUCGGUUUUAUUGUGUGUUAUGACCAAAUUGAGCCGUCAAACUGACAGUGGGGAUAACUAAGCUUCAUCUCAGAGAAAAUAUUGGUAAUAUUUACUUUUGUUUAGACUGGAUCGUGUACAUUCUGUAGCCUGGAAAUCACGCUCAGUGCAUUUGAACAUGGUGGGAUUGACUGAAUUCCAGAAACCACUAAUGUAGGAGGGUUUUUUUGUUCAUAAAAAGGGCUACUAACUCAUUUUAAACACCUUUCAAUAGGGAUGUCACUGUUGCCAAUACUGGGACCCAAAUACCCCAGGGAGAGUAACAACGAUUAACUGUGAAAUGAUGAACGGGAAAACCAUGAGUUGUCUAUUGGAUGCCAUUUGCAAGUGUGUACAUAUUUUUACACAGUGAUCGCUCCGAAAAGGCCAUCAUUAAUAUUCCAUCCUUACAUGUGUACUUCUGUAAUGUUACAGCUCAGGUAAGGGCCUUUAUAGGGCUCUGGGUAUGGUGUCUAAGAUUACAAAUCUUUGACUGAAUAAAAUACAUUUUUGCAAAAAUUGAUAAAUAAUGUUUAAUUGCAAAUAAUUUUCAGCUAGCAGAUGAUUGUUUUCAUGACUGUUAGGCUAUGACUUAAUCAAACAUUUAUCCUAUGUAACCGGUUCUGUACCUGUACCUUUCUGCGGUGUGUUCUGGUGAGGUGUAUGUGGAAGGGAAAGCUCUCAAAACAAUUCUGCCGGUUGACUCUUUUAAUGACUGCAUGGAAUGGAGACAAAUGCAAGGCAAAUGUUAAUGCUGGACUCUCAUAAGUACAUUUAUCACUCCUCACGCUUUAAGCAAACUCACAUAAAACAAAAAAUGCAUUGUACAAAGUGUACAUGUUAAUAUUUUCAAAAGACUUAACAUUUCAUUUUAAAAACAUUGUACACCAAUAAAAGUGCUAAAUAUUUA